UUAGGUUCUUGUCAAUAUUUUACGAUAUCGUUAGAAGAUUAUGGGUGAUUCAAGUUUCGUAAGAAUUAUUGGUCCAGAAACUUUGGAUUUAUACUUAAGAUAUUUCGAAAUGCUGUGUGGUGAAACUUUCAACUUCAGGUUCACUCAGUUUUGGUGGGUGAAAAGAGGAUUGGGGAAGAAAGAAGGCAAACAAUUUAGUCGCUCUUUGGGAUUUUCUUCUAUUUCUGUUGUCCCUACGAAACAUAGUGAUUACUCUCAUGGUUUGGUACUUGAACGCAAUGGAUGGAAAAUCGUUUAUUCUGCUGACACAAGACCUUGUAAACAGUUAAUUGAUGCCGGUGAAAAUGCGACAUUACUCAUUCACGAGGCAACAUUCGAUGAUAAACUGCUUUACAGAGCGAAAGAAACAGCUCAUUGUACCGUAUCUGAAGCAAUCAAAUGUAGUGAACUGAUGAAAGCCGAGUACACGAUUUUAACACACAUCAGCAAUCGACAUAUUUUUCCCUGUAAAUCUUCAAGACUGCCUCAUAACGUGAGCUUCGCUUUUGAUCAUAUGACGGUUGAGCAAAAAGAUCUUAAAAAUAUUCGUGGAAUAAUGGCAAAUGUUGAGAGAACCUUUGUAUACCAAUGGAAGAAAAAAAGAAAACAGAAGCAAGCUGUUAAAUCAAAAGACUCUCCCAUUCUUGUGAAUUCUUAAAAUGUCCAUUCACCAACGCAGACAUCAACUUGAUAUUUAGUGAAAUACUGUUCUGCUAGAAAAUGCCCGACUAAAUAUUUCGACUGGCGUAGCUACUUAACCGAACGAAUGAAUUCUUUGCCUUCAAACUUACAGGCUUGCAAGUAAUUUUGAAUUGAAAUUACCUAACAUUUAGUUUUAUAUAGCUAAUCAUACCACUCCA